AUGGGAGAAGUCGAAAAGAAGCAACCAUUGUGGUACCUUCCGCACCACCCUGUCUUCGAUUGUGCUGCCAAUUGUGCCGGGAUUGCCCUAAAUGACCGUCGACUGCAAGGCCCAGACCUGACUACUCCACUGAUUGAGGUGUUGUGCAGAUUUCGUCUGGGGUCAAUUGCAGUAGCAGCUGAUAUCGAGGAGAUGUUCAUGCAGGUCAAAGUCCCCAAGGGGCAAAGGGGUGCUCUACGGUUGUGGUGGUGGCCGGAUGGAGACCUAGACGGACCUGCCCAGGAGUAUCAGAUGACGGUGCACCCGUUUGACGCGAUAUUCUCUCCCUUCUGUGCAAACUUCGCGUUAAAAACGACCGUGAAUCGAUUUGCUCAGCAUUUCGAAACCCCGGUGGGCUCCUGUGUUGAACAUAAUUUUUAUGUGGACGACUUCUUGGGAUCCUUUGAGAGCAUCGAGGAAGCAGUUCGACACAUUAGGGAUCUAUCCAAGUUACUGCUCAUGGGAGGGUUCAAGGUGACCAAGUGGAUGUCCAACAGCGUUCAUGCAAUCGAUUGCGUCCCAGUUGAUGAGCGGGCGCCGAGUCUCCGUGAAUUGCAGGGGAAUCCAUAA